AUGAUAAAGAACGGUGUAUCUGGUCCAAGUAGUUUGGUUUAUAUUCAAGCGAAAGAAUCGUAUCCGAAGAAAGAAUUUGUGUUCGGUUUGUUGCUUUAAAGUGUUGUAUAUUGUCUUAAUUUUAUUUUGUAGUAUAAAUCUAUACAAUCGCUUUAUGAUAUUUAGGUUUAUACAGCAUGAGAAAUCAUUUAUACUUAUUAAGAACAAAACUGAAACUGAAACUGUAUACUUUGCGUUUCAUUUGGUCUUUCUUCCAGGAAUUUUGGCAUAAAAGAUAUGUUUAAAGCAACUAAGAGUUACUGCUUUUAUAUGUCAAUUUCUUAAAUAUCAGGGAAAAUGCUUUUAUUGGGGAUCGGACCAAAAUAAUGUGCAUUUUCGGAAUAAAUUUGAACCUCGAAUUUCUGCAAGGUGUCAAAUUUCGGUUCCCUUCCGCCUUCGCAAUUGUUAUGUUUAUAAAAGUAAUCUGAGUUCUGAGAGUAUUUUAAAACGCUUAAGACAUGUUAGAAGCUUAUCUAUGCAUAAUAUUUGCCAGUUUCGAUUGUUUGAACAAGUUAAAUGGCAGUUUGCCCAAGAAUACAACUUGUUUUGACUGCAGACAAGUAGUUUCAAUUUUACAAUCAGGGCUUGGCAAGUUGCCACACAUUCUCGCCCACGCUUGCCAUGUUAAUUGUGGUAUUGUACAAAUAAAAGAUACAGUCAACAGAGCGUUACAAACUAAUAAAACUGAUAAAAAUAUUUGAAAUAAAACUUGUAUUUUUGAAUUGAAAUGCCAUGCACCUGAAAAACAGGAAGAUUGAGUUAUUAAUAUGUCUAGACAUGACAUUUGAUAUUUUUUCAAAGUGGUAAUUAGUGAUGGCUUAUCCUUGAUUACAAAAUGGUAUUCAUGAUGUCUUGAUUAGAAAUCACUCUGCUGCCUGUUGCAUGUUAACUUGCUUUUUGAUAACACCCUAUUAUAAACUCCACCCCAACACUUGAGGUAUGAAAUUCAUUUUUUUAUGUAGAUGAUUUGUCUCUUUCAAUCCCAUUUCCGGAGCUGAGUGGUGAAAAUGUAGAAUUCCUUGGAAAAUGUUCAGACGCCAUUUUUGCCAUUUCAAAUUUCAGAUUUUUUGCUGCCUUUGAGCAUUCAUUUAUCAAUGUAAGUUGAAGGUUUGGGUUUAUACCAUUCUGUGUACAUAGUCAAACCCCUAACAAACUGGCAUUGGUUGUUCAAAGCUCAGGAUUAGCACUAAACAUGGGUUAAAAUUUAACGACCCUUUAACCUGCUGUUGCCCUUCUGUUUAUUUCAAACAUUUGGAAAAUAAAACUUCUAUUUAUCCAGACAUGAAUUGUGGAAAACUAUCUUCAUGUUUCUAAAGAGGAUUUUGGAAAGAUUGCUUUGAAAUUUUUGUUAACCUAGGAUUAAGUUACAGGCUUUCACUGGCUUUUGAACAACCAGCUCCUGAUGUUAACAGGGAAAAUUUCUAAGUAAUGUUCUGUAAGGGAUUAGAGUUAAUGGGGUGUCCAAAACUUAAAUGGUGUUCAAUCAGCUGAAAUUUUGUUUCUUGACUGCCCCAAGUAGGAUUGAAGUUGUUUUUCUUCAUUUGAACAUCCCAAGAUUAUGUUUUGUUUACUAUAUCUUUUUUUUGUUUACUAUAUUGUUUUUGUUUGUACCAGCCAUCUUACUGGUGGGGCUGUAUAGUUUACAAACAUAAAACAAACAGACAAUUACAGUAUAGAUGGCAUGAAUAACCUGAUCUAAUUAGGAUGUAUCCUACCUGUUGAUAUAGUAAAAUGUAAAAAGUAUUUUUGAAAUUGGGGGUGCUUUAACCAAAGCUAGGCUGAACUUGCCCCUCCCCUAUUGACUAUCUUUUAAUCAAUGAUUGCAGGGCACGAAAUUGGCGGUAUCCCGAUAUUCACGGGAUACUAGAUUUUAUGUUUGGAUACUAAAUAUCAUGAUAUUAGUAUCCCAGAGGGAUACCAAGAAAAUGUCAAGAUAUAGUGCUAGUGUUUGCGAAGCAAAAUUUCACAAAUUUGUCUUCUUUGAGUGGCCCUUAUUUACGAAUUACAUUUUUAUUGUAAAUAAUUGCAUAAUUUUGCUAUUUGAAACGACCCAAUUUCAGGGUGUGCUGAACCCGCAAAUUCGGAAAUUUGCCAGGAUUCGCGUAUUUACAUCCUAAAUUUCGGGUGUUCCUAUCAUAAUAUGCUAAAAUAUGUGACAACAGUUUCGGCUCAUGAAACACAAGAGAAACAAUCUGCAGAACAAGAAAGACGUGAAAAACGAAACACGGAAGUGAAACGACAGUAUGAACAGUCAAAGCGAUCACAAAGUUUUUGCCAAAGCUGGACAAAGUCAUUUCCGUGGGUGACGCUUGAAAAUGGCAAAAUGUUUUGUAAAACGUGUAAUUUGUUUCAUUAUUAAUUAACUAGAAGUUAGAAGUAGAACUGUUAAUGUAAAAAAACAACUUUAAUUAACUGUUAUUGUGGACAUUGAGAGUUGAAAUUUUUGGACCAAAAGGUGGGAUAUUAGCUUCCAAAAUUGGAUACCAGAUUCAAAAGCCUGGUAUCCCACUUGGAUACUACCAAAAAAUUUAAAUUUCGUGCCCUGAUGAUUGAAUAUUUGCCAUUCUGUCAUUAUUUGAAUGUUGAUCCUAUAAUUUGUGAAUCCUAGGUUCCAUUGAUGUUGAUAGAAAGUUUGGAGUGGAAAGGAAAAGAUUUUCCUGAGAUAUUUAUUUCGUGUAAAAAUGGACAAUCACUCCAGUAUGUUCAUAACUCUAUCAAUUCUGUCUUGAACUCUUUUCCCUAGAAGUCCAGUUUGAAUCAUCUUUCAUUUGUUGUAGUGCUGUGCAAACUCCAGUUUUUCAGCUCCGGCUCCGGCCGAAUUAUAGCUCUGAGCUCCGGCUCCGGCCGCAUCAUAAAAUAUUAAAUGAAUAUUUUAAUAUUUUACGAUCAGAGAACAUUUAUUAAUAUUAUUAUGAAUAACCCUUUUCGUGCUUCCUAAUUAUCAGAUAACUUAACUCAGGAAACAAAACAGUGAAAACACUUAACCACGCAGAAAAUAUCUAUAUGGAAACCAGCCAGUGUUGCAAUUUUUAUAUAGCAUGACGCGAGGCAUGACGCUAACACUUUCAGACUCCACAGCGCAAAUGCGCGAUUGUUCGCAUGCAAACAAAGUACUCUGUCAUGUUCAAAAGGUUGAUAUUUAUUUGUUUCGUACUUUUUCGUUAUCUACAAGGCAUGAAUACACAGACUAUGUAGCGCUAAGUCAGAUGGCUUCACAAAAGCAUGACGUUUGUAAGUUGCGAUCGUAUUACAGCUUUUCGACACUGUUCCUGUGGGCUGUGGCAGUUUGAGUCUAUGAUGAAUUCAUUAACAGCAAUUGGCAGUUUGCAGUAACUAACAAUCGUUUGACAUUUGUCUCAUUUCAUAUUGUUUUCUUGUCAUUUUGCCGGAGUUGGGAAAACGUAACUCGGGCUCCGGCAUACAAAAUUCUGCUCCGGCGUCGGAAAAACCACCGGAGCUCCGGCACACAGCACUAAUUUGUUGAGAUUUUAAACUCCAGUCCUGAGGAAAUGAGACAGACUACCCAGAGCAAGCUUGCAGUACUGUCAAAUCUUCUCACAUACUACUAAAGUGAAAUUAUAAUCAGACAAUUGCAUAUUGAUUAUUCAUUUGCAAGAAUCGAACUCUGGUUAUAGAGGUGAAAGCUGUACUGAUGCAUUGACCACUGGCUAUACCAUUAACAAUGCUUCUGUAUUUACCAAAUUUUUUUACCUCCAGGUUGAAAGUUGAUAGCGCUGAGAAGUGUAUCAAAUGGUAUGAUAGAUUAAAGAAGAAAUGUGUAACUCCAGAUCGUCCUGAGCAUAUGUUUGCAUUUGCAUAUCAUGCUUGGUGCCAGGAUACUGUCCCUGACAGCUCUUCAGCUGAUGCCAGUGAUCUGAACUGUUUUCAAUCUAGAG